AUGACUUCGGAAAUUAAAGACUUGAUGAUCGCGCGUGACCAAAGUCAUAGAAAAGCGAAAAGAUCUGGUGUUGAAAGGGAUUGGUCCGAGUUUAAAGAAAAGAGAAGAAUAACAAAGCAACGACUAAGAGAAGCAGAGAUUGCAUAUAUCCAAGAACAAAUAAAAUCAAGUAAAGGAGAUAGUAACUGCAUUUGGAAAACGUCAAUGUUUGCCAUCUGGAGAUUCUAAUAGACCCACAUACACCAAAGAUGCCACUGUAGUUGUGGAAGAAUUCAACGACUUCUUUACAACCGUGGGAAUGAAGAGUGCUAAAUUAGCUAAAGAUAUAGCACAGAAAUUUGAAUUGCCAUCCGUUAUUGAAAUUUUGGUUUUGACUACAGCGACAGUGGAUGACAAUAUGUUUCAACUCAGACAAGUGACAACAGAAGAAGUGAGUGACAUUAUCACCAUGAUGCCCUCCAAUAAAGUUCCUGGAAACGAUACAGUCCAUUUAAGAGUUCUCAAGGAUUGUUUAUCUUCUGUUGUUCAACCGAUAACGUCAAUAAUAAAUUCAAACUUUCUCAAAGGAAUAUUUCCCAGCCAAUGGAAAAUAUCUGAGAUUACUCCUAUUCAAAAGAAUGAUGAUUAUGAAGAAGCCGAGAAUAAUCGCCCAAUUUCCUUGUUGCCUGUUUUAUCUAAAGUUUGCGAGCGAGUAGUUCAUAAUCAACUUACAAAUUAUCUUAUCCAAAACGAAAGAUUCCCAACAAACCAAAGUGGAAAUAGAAAACAACAUUCAACCGAAACAUUGGGCCUUGCAUGGACAGAAAACAAAUAA